AAAUGAAUAUUACCAAAAAAUCAUCACAAAAUACUUAGAGGUAUCAUCACCAUUGAAAUUAAACAUGUCAUUAAUUUCGUUGGCCUCAAUUAUUCUGAAGAAAAGUGCGACUUACCGAACAUUGCUACCAUGUCGUGACUGUAUCAAGAUAAACGCACCAUUCAGCUCGGUUGCAACAAAAUCUGUGCAUGAAGUUAAUACCAACGUUGUAAAAGACGUUAUUCUGUACAAAUAUGAGAACCCGAAAUAUUUUAAGUACAUGAACGCGUUUGCAGUAGUGCAGUACAUGUUUUGGAUGUAUUUAGGAACGUUCGCGUUCACAUCUCUGAAAGAUGCACCUGUGGACCGGUCGAAGAUAACGGACGACACACCGUGGUAUAGAAGGAUAAAUCUUGGUGAUAAUAAGUAUAGGAAUACGCUUGGUGGCGUAGCUGUCUUAGUUGGCACAGGCUCUCUAGCAAUGAUAUGGAUGUACACCCUAAAGUCAGUCCGUUACCUCGUCCUCCACAAGGGAGGCAAGCAUCUAUCCUUCGUAACGUAUGCUCCGUUCGGGGCCAACCGCAUCAUGAAAGUACCCAUAGAAAACGUCUGUUGCAAGGAAGCUAGGAAGAACGCCAGGGUUCAACUUCCGGUGAAGGUGAAAAACACUUGGAUGCAUUAUAUGCUGGAUAUGAAAGGAGAGUUCAAGAACCCCAUUUUGUUUGAUGCUACAGCUGGAUUGGCGAGGAAAUGGUAAUUUUGGUACCGUUUAUGUAAGAUUUUUUUAUGGACUUAUGAAUCACUCAUGUAGAUUCCAAAGAACAUAACUUGUAUAAAUGAGG